AUGUCUCGCACCAACAAAAAGAGAAAAGAGCCAUCCUACGAGAAAGAUGUUGUUUUAAAUAAAAAGCUAGAGAAUGCAAACUCCAACUCUUCUGUAUAUACCUCUGAUGAAGAUACUGUAGAUACGUCUUUAUCAGAGUCUUCCGCUAAUACUACAAAUGUCCUUUCUUCUCCAGCAAAACGACCUAAAAAUGAUGUAAUUAACGGUUCUUCAAGUCCAACUCAACAAUCUCCACGCGAAAACAAAACGGCUGCACGGGAAAAAAGCAAGACGACACAAACACCAAAAGAACGUAAUCCACCACCAACCGAUAGGCCGGUUCGCAUAUAUGCCGAUGGCAUAUAUGAUUUAUUCCACUUCGGACACGCAAAAUCAUUAGAACAGGCAAAAAAGUCCUUUCCACAUGUGUACCUGCUUGUGGGUGUCUGUGACGACGAGACCACUCACAAAAUGAAAGGAAAAACUGUUCUUAAUGAGCAUGAGCGUGUUGAAUCUCUUCGUCACUGUAAAUGGGUGGACGAAGUUAUUGAGCACGCACCCUGGGUAGUAACAUCAGAAUUCAUAGAAAAAUAUAAAAUCGACUAUGUCGCCCAUGACGAUAUUCCAUAUUCAUCGGAUGACACCUCUGAUGUGUAUGCGUUUGUUAAGGAGCAAGGGCGUUUUCUUCCAACUCAACGCACAGACGGCGUCUCGACUUCUGACCUCAUAACCCGGAUAGUACGAGACUACGAUCAAUAUGUUCGGCGCAAUUUAGAAAGAGGAGUUUCUCCUAGGGAAUUAAAUAUUAGUUUCCUGAAGGAACAGGAGAUCCAUAUGAAAAAAUCCAUCUCUGAAAUCCGCACCACGAUCCAUCAAAAUUGGCACGGAACGAAGGUGGAAUUAAGCAAUGACCUUUCAGAGCUUAAAAAUGAUUUGGCUCAAACGUUUGCCGUUUGGGAAUAUAGAAGUCAGGAAUUUGUAAGGGGGUUUGCUGCAAGGUUUGGUGCAGAAAGUGUUGUGCCACGCAGAACAUCCACAAAUGAGUCUGAAACCACAAAUGGUGGUUCUUCAGAUGAAGAUUUAGUGCACCGUCCGAGAAGUGUAUCCCCCAGUAAAGCAAUUCGCUCAUUGCCUCCAUUCCUUGAAUUCUUAGGUUAUGUAUUCUUUUUCGGUGGGUUCUUGGUCGGUCCAUCCUUCGAUUUUAUGGAUUAUAGGAGAUUUGUCAAUAUGGAAAUGUAUCGAGUUGACAAAACAGAUAAAAUUGAUAAAACAAAUAACGAUAAAAAUCAAUCCAUUAAAGGAUAUUCAUAUGUCAUACCUAAUGGUUCUUUUCCUGCUAUGAAAAAAUUGGCUUCUGGAUUAUUUUUUAUUGUGUGUUUAGUCACUUUCGGAGGAAAUUAUUCAUAUGAAUGGACUUUAAGUGAAGAAUACAAAAAUCUUUCAUAUUACGUAAUUUGGUUGAUCGCUGAAGGUGCAUGUAUCCUUUCAGGAAUUGGGUUUAAUGGUUAUGAUGAAAAUGGUAACGCCAAAUGGAAUCGCGUUACAAACAUUGAUUUUAUUGGGUAUGAGACAGCAGAUAAUAUCAAACAAUUACUAGAAUCUUGGAAUAUGAAUACAAAUAAAUGGCUAAAAAAUUAUGUGUACCUUCGAGUUACACCACCUGGACAAAAACCUAAUUUCUUUUCAACAAUUAUCACUUUUGGAGUAAGUGCUGUAUGGCACGGUUUUUAUCCUGGAUAUUAUUUGACUUUUAUUGGUGGUGCUUUUAUGCAAAAUCUUCAUCGAAAAAUUCAUCGUACUGUUCGUCCAAUCUUCUUAACUACUCGUUUUGCUCCAUAUAAACCUUUAUACAAUUUCUUGGGUUGGCUUACUACACAAUUUUUUAUAAAUUAUCUUGUCAUAUCAUUUGUUCUACUUUCUUUGGACAGUAUUGGAAAAUUUUGUAAACGAAUAAUUGCUUUUGGAGGUGGCGUUCUUGAUUGA